AUGGCUUAUGUGGGUGCGUGGAUGACCUCAUGGCUUGAGCAAUGUGUGGGCACUGGUGACCGAUGUGUCAUCGACGACGGUGAAGGUCCAUGGAAGCUACCUAUAAUAGGAAACAUGCUCCAUCUUGUUACAUCUAAACCACACAGAAAAUUAAGAGACUUAGCCAAAAUAUAUGGUCCCUUGAUGCAUUUGCAACUUGGGGAGGUCUUCACAAUCAUUGUUUCCUCACCAGAGUAUGCUAAGGAGAUAAUGAAAACCCAUGAUGUCAUUUUUGCAACAAGGCCAAAACUUGUAGUAUCAGAUAUAGUAGCCUAUGAAUCCACAGACAUUAUUUUUUCACCUUAUGGCAGCUAUUGGAGACAACUACGAAAAAUAUGCACAAUGGAGCUUUUCACCCAAAAAUGUGUCGAUUCGUUCAAGCCAAUAAGAGAAGAGGAGUUCACAAAUCUCAUCAAAAUUAUUGAUUCACAUAAAGGAUCUCCCUUCAACCUCUCUGAAGCAGUAACUUUAUCAAUAUAUAAUAUCGUUUCAAGAGUUGCUUUUGGCAAGAAAUGCAAAGACCAAGAAGAAUUCAUAUCAGCGAUGAAAGAAGUAUUAUUAGUUGGAUCAGGUUUUCACAUAGGAGAUUUGUUUCCUUCUGCCGAAUGGCUUCAACAUGGUACAUGUUUGAGGCCUAAGCUUCAGAGGUUGCAUCGACAAGUUGAUCGAAUACUGGAAGAAAUCAUCGAUGAACACAAAGAGGCAAAGUCAAAAGUCAAAGAAGGAAAAGGUGAAGUAGAGGGAGAUUUAGUACAUGUUCUCCUAAAGUUCCAUGAUGAUAAUGAUAGCAACAAGGAUAUUUGCUUAACUAUUAACAAUAUCAAGGCCAUAAUACUGGAUAUCUUUGGUGCUGGUGGUGAGACAUCAGGAACAACCAUAAAUUGGGCAAUGGCAGAGAUGAUAAAGGAUCCAAGAGUGAUGAAGAAAACACAAGCUGAGAUAAGACAGGUAUUCAACUUGAAAGGAUGUAUUGAUGAAAUUUGUGUCAAUGAACUCAAGUAUUUGAAAUCAGUUGUCAAAGAGACACUACGGCUACACCCACCACUUCCUUUUUUAUUUCCAAGGGAAUGUAGACAAUCAUGUGAGAUUGACAGGUAUGAUAUACCUGUCAAAAGUAAGGUAAUGAUCAAUGCUUGGGCAAUUGGAAGAGAUCCAAACUGUUGGACUGAACCAGAGAGGUUUUAUCCAGAGAGAUUCAUUGAUAACUCUUUUGACUACAAGGGGAGUAACUUUGGGUACAUUCCAUUUGGUGCUGGAAGAAGAAUAUGUCCAGGUGGGAACUUUGGUAUAAUAAAUGUUGAGUUAUGCCUUGCAUUCUUGUUGUAUCACUUUGAUUGGAAGCUUCCUGUUGGGAUGAAAAGUGAAGACAUUGACAUGACUGAAGAAUUUGGAUUGACUGUUUCAAGAAAAGAUGAACUAUACUUGAUUCCUAUCACUUCUAUUCCUUUCCAUGCAAUAUAAAUAAUUCAAGAAAAGUCUAUAACCUUUGUGCUUGUUAUUACCUAUUUAUUAUUGAAAGAAACUUUGUUUCUAGGUUAAUUUUAGUAGAACUAAACUUAAUUUGUAU